UGGACGGGCGCGGGUGCUGGAGGCGGCGGGGACCGGAGCCGGAGCGCCGGGGAGAGCAUUGGACAUUUUUCCACCAUGCUGGUGACAUUUUAAGUACAUUUGUCAAUUUUCCCAAGUUUUGCUGAAGAAAAUCAGAAAAACUUCUACUUGAGGACUGACGUAUUAUCUGCCAAUUACCAGGUCUGCAGGAUGAAUCUGGAGAAACUCAGCAAGCCUGAGCUCCUUACACUGUUCAGUAUUCUCGAAGGGGAACUUGAAGCUCGCGACCUUGUGAUCGAAGCUUUAAAGGCCCAGCACCGGGACACUUUCAUUGAAGAGCGCUAUGGCAAGUACAACAUCAGUGAUCCCUUAAUGGCUCUCCAGAGAGACUUUGAGACUCUGAAGGAGCAGAAUGACGGGGAGAAGCAGCCAGUGUGCACAAACCCCCUCUCGGUUCUGAAGGCAGUGAUGAAGCAGUGCAAGAACAUGCAGGAGCGCAUGCUGUCCCAGCUGGCCGCCGCCGAGAGCCGGCACCGCAAGGUAAUCCUCGACCUGGAGGAAGAAAGGCAGAGGCAUGCCCAGGACACUGCAGAAGGGGACGAUGUCACCUACAUGCUGGAGAAGGAGCGAGAGCGACUAACUCAGCAGCUGGAGUUUGAGAAGUCCCAGGUGAAGAAGUUUGAGAAGGAGCAGAAGAAGCUGUCGGGCCAGCUGGAAGAGGAACGCGCCCGCCACAAGCAGCUCUCAGCCAUGCUGGUGCUCGAGUGCAAGAAAGCCACGAGCAAGGCGGCCGAGGAAGGCCAGAAGGCCGGGGAGCUGAGCCUGAAGCUGGAGAAGGAGAAGAGCCGUGUGAGCAAGCUGGAAGAGGAGCUGGCGGCCGAGCGCAAGCGGGGCCUGCAGACCGAGGCCCAGGUGGAGAAGCAGCUGUCUGAGUUUGACAUCGAACGGGAGCAGCUGAGAGCAAAGCUGAACCGAGAGGAGAACCGCACCAGAACCCUGAAGGAAGAGAUGGAGAGUCUGAAAAAGCUGGUGAAGGAGCUGGAGGCUUCCCGCCAGCACAGCAGUGCCCAGGCACCCUCCAGGAAACCCGGGGCCGUCGCGAAAGGCACAGCCACGGAGCCUCGUGUCCUCGUGUCUGUGUGCUGCCAGACGGACGGCGCCCAGGUGGAAAGGACGCCCGGCAGCGGGGUCCCCAAGGCGGCCACCCCGGUGCCCACCACCCCCACCUACUCUUACGCAAAAGCCAACGGCCACCUGGACCCGGAGCUCCAGUCCUCCAGGGAGCCGACGGCCGGGAGCGGUGGGGAGAGCUCGGUGCCUUCCCGAGAGCGCUCCGGGGGAGCCCAGGAAAGAGCUGUGGAGAACGGGGUGGGAGACUCCUCAGGCCCUGCGCCCGCCCACCUGCCGUCCAGUGGGAGCUCCCUGUCCCCCAGCAGCACGGCCUCCUCCUCUCUCACCUCCUCCCCAUGCUCGUCCCCUGUGCUGACCAAGCGUCUCCUGGGCUCAGCAGGGAGCAGCCCCGGCUACCAGUCCUCCUACCAAGUGGGCAUCAACCAGCGAUUCCACGCAGCGCGGUACAAAUUCCAGUCCCAAGCGGACCAGGACCAGCAAGCCAGCGGCCUCCAGAGCCCCCCAUCCCGAGACCUGUCCCCCACCCUCCUGGAUAACUCGGCCGCCAAGCAGCAGGCGCGUAACACAGUCACUCAGGUGCUCUCCAGAUUCACCAGCCAGCAGGGCCCCAUCAAGCCCGUUUCUCCCAACAGCUCCCCCUUCGGUACAGACUAUCGGAACCUGGCUGCCUCAGCCAGCCCCAGGAGUGACACCAGCCAUUCUCCCACCCCCGGGAAAGUGUCCAGUCCUCUGAGCCCCCUGUCUCCAGGGAUCAAGUCUCCUACCAUCCCCAGGGCUGAGAGAGGCAACCCUCCCCCUAUCCCACCCAAGAAACCGGGCCUCACCCCUUCUCCAUCUGCUGCCGCACCACUGACCAAAACCCACCCUCAGGCAUCAGCCAUGCCCACCUCCGAGGACCUCGCUGGCAGCUGCGCUCCCACCGCGGUGGUGGCCAAUGGCAAGGACCUGGAGAUCCUCUUGCCCAGCAGCAGCUAGUGGCCAGAGGGCCCACCUCGCCACACAUCUGACAUUCCAUCUGACCCCUGCCGGGAGCCAGGUCACACCCCGCAGGAGGUCGCGUUAUUUAUUUUGGUCGUCGCCCAAACCAUCUGUGUAAUACAGUUAGUGUAUCUUACGUUUUUAUGUUCUUUUUUGAGUCAAAUCCGGGUUGUUUGGAUUUUUGCGACUCAUAUCUCUGUACUGAAGCCUGAUGGCCACCUCAGUGACCUCCAGCUCAGCCGUCACCAUCCUGCGUGACCAGGAAAGCUAACUGAGUACAGGCGGUGACGGGGCUCUCUAUCUCGAAGCCCAGAGUCCCUCCGAUGCGAUUUUGACUUAUGCAGAAGAGGUUCGUGCAGAUUUUUAUUCCAGAUGAACAUGUUUUCAAAGUGCCUGAAAUGACUGCCAUAUGAAUGUGAUUCUGCAGCGAAAACACAAAAGCAGACCCUUGAAAUUGCAGAAAAUGAGAUCCUCUGUGAAUUCUGAAUGUUAAAAACCAACACUGCUUUUAAUCAGUCCUCUUUGACUCUUUUUUAAUCCAAGCGCUGCGAGCAGGACAGACAAGACUGCCGCCGGAGCUGGGGACCCCCAUCGUGGUGGGGGUGAGUUCACCACAGGACGGACCCCAGAACCCUGAGAAACAUCCCCCCAGCUCCCUGCGGGAAGCAGUCGGUGCUGAUUUGCUUGUACUCUUGAGAAAUUAAGUUUCUCCCCGUCUCCUGCACACAUUCUCAAGUAGAAUGAAAUCACCUCUCCAUUCAAACUAUAUCUUCAGGCUUCUACUGUUGAGAAAGGAAUUUCUGAUUCCAGUUGCUGUUACUUGAAUAGGAAAUGGUUGCUCAUUCUGUAUAAAAGUGCAGCAGAAUGAUCUCUUUAUUCUGUAAUCAAAUAGCAAUAACUUAAAGUCACUCCCUUUGUAAUGUUGUAAGUCAGAAUGAUACAGGUUUAACCAGAUUGUUACACUUCACUCUACAAGCUGCCAGCACUUGGUGUCUGUAUCUGUGGAACCAAAUUAACUUUUGCCUAAAUGGAAGUAUACAUAUAUCUGUAUAGAUACACACCCCUUUACAUGUCUAACAUGCACACUUAAACACAUAAAUAUUAGUGUGAUUUUACCUUUGGAGUUUGCAAUAUAGCAUAAAGGAUGAAUAGAAAUGCACAUUAAGAUUACCAACCAAAGCCUCCAGAUGUGGCUGAGACCCAUGCAUUCAAAGAAGAAAAUCAUGAUCACAAGGAGCUGGGAAAAUUUGAGAUAAGACCAGGCCUUCAGACUCAUUGAAAGGCAGAGCCAAGGGCAGCAGAUAGCACAAAGGGCUGCUUGGCCAUGUGGAAGCCUCAGGUUCAAUUCCCCACCAUACCAGUAGCCCAGGAGCACCACUGGGGUAUCUUCCACAACAGAACAAAACACAGACAACAGCAGCCAAAGGCAGAGCCAAACUCAGUCCAGUGUCAUAAAACUCCACUGGUGAAACUGUCCCAAGGCCAGUGGUGUGAGACCACAGGAGCCACAGGAACCGGGACGCACGGGAGGCUUGAGCCCCCAUGAGAAGAGCCUCCCCCCGUCAGCUUCAGCUGCUACUGCCACGCAGCUCAACUGUCUGUGCCAUAGAAAUUGUUUAUGAGAUGUUGUUAUUUUGAAAUCUCCAGAACGGAUUCAAAACUUGGUUAAACUGCAGCUUAAGCAAACACUUAGGUAUCUGCAUCUAGCUCCCGGGCCACAAGCUCCUCCAGCCUAGAAACUUGCCUCAUUUCCAUCACUGGAAGUCUUGAGGACAGAAGCCUCCAGACUUUGCAACUUUUAGGUGAGAACAAAUGCUCAUGUCCCUAGAAUACUGCAUCCCUCUUCACCCUCAUUUAACCCUGCUGUCCUCAGCCUACUCAGACACAGUCGGGAAGUGAUUUAUAUCCACAGAGAUGAAAAAGGUUGGGGUCCCCUCAGCUACAUUCUCAUCAUUGACACAGCAGCAGUGCCAGACGUGCUCUCAUGAAAAGCCCUUUAGCCUUGACCCAGUAUGAGUUGGUGGAGAAGAGGCAGGCGAUGGAAAUUACCUUAUUAAUCAUAAGGUAUUGGUUUCUUCACAACUUAUGGCUGAUUGAUGUCCAUGUUGUAAAAAAUAAUAAUAGAGGACUACUGUGCCCCAGAGGGAUCUCCCAAAGGGUGCUGAGGUUAUCUUGAGUCACCCAGGGCAGUCAUGCCACCACCCUGAUUCCCACACACAGCCAGCUGAAUCAUGUUGAUAAAGUGGCUGAACUUUGGAGCUGGAGAGAUAGCACCACAGGUAGGGCGCUUCCUUGCAUGUGACUGCCCUGGGUUUGAUCCCCAGCACCACAUAUGGUCCCCCAAGGAUCGCCAGGAGUUAUUCCUGAGUGCAGAGCCAGGAGUAAGCCCUGAGCAUCAUCAUAUGUGGCCCAAAGGAAAACAAAAAAAUGGCUGAACCUUUUACAAGAAGUGAUUCCAGUCUCAGAGUGAGUGUUAUUACCUCUUUUGCUGUAACCGGUAAUCUUAAAAGUUGCAUUGUAUUCUUCCUUUGUUUGGGCAUAGAUAUAUAUAUAGAGAGAGAGACUAUAAGGAAGUUUAUUUCUUAGCAAGUGCACUGAAUAAUGUAUUUCUUUUACCGUGUAAUAUGGGGGGGGGGGGGGAUGCGAAAGAAAUGUGUAUUUUUGCUAGUUGCCUAUCUUCUGAGAUAAACAAGCACAAUACUGAGAUGGAUCCAAUAAUCCAGUUAAGUAUUAGAGAUUAGUAUUUAAGUUUGCUGUAGAUUGUGUGUGUGCUAAGUAAAAGUUCCAUGAUUCACAAUUGCGGUAUUAACCCAUGUUAACAGAAGCUAUGUUACUGGUUAACAGGUUCUUAAUGCUGUGCAACAUAACACAAGCAUUAACUAGUUAACAUUUGUAAAGCCCAAAGCACCAUGCAGAAGACUCAUCCAUUCUAAUAACAGUACAUUAAAACAAAUGAUAUCACGUGUGGGGAGAAAUAA